GAGACUAUAGAAGCAGUCGUGUCUGUCGGGAGAGAUAGAGUAGGGAUAUCUCAGGAUCUUGUCUUGUCUCAAGAAGCUGGUAGGAGACACUUGAGGGUAAUCUUGAGGUUAACAGGCCGAAUGACUGGCAUGAUGGACAGGCAUUCCUGGAGCGCUCCGAUGGAAGUGAUGCCCUGUUGCCAUGGAUACUGAUGGAGUGACUCCUGAGCAGGAGGAUGUGGAGUUGGAGGAGCUGGAGGAGUUUCUCUCCGACAAACAUCCGGAGUUCCUGCUCCGAGGCCUGAACAGUCUCCGGGAGGAGGACGUGCUCUGUGACUUCACUCUGGUGUCAGAGUCCAGCUCUUUCAGUCUGCAUAGGGCCCUGCUGGCAUCAUGUAGCGACUAUCUCAAGGCGCUGCUGACCAGUGCAAUAACUGAUGGCAAACAGGACAAGGUGGAGCUGGAGGGUGUGACGGUGGAAGGCGUGCGGUGUUUACUGGACAUCCUGUACGCCACGAAAACGGACGUCAACGAUGACAACGUUAAGCAAGUUCUCGGUGUUGCCAGCUGUCUGCAGAUUCCGCCGAUCGUGCAGGCUUGCUACGACUUCAUCGUGGAGGGGGGUUCGGAGAGCGCUAAGCUGGACCACGAUUCGGGGGAGCACAGCAGGAAGAUUCUGAAGGGGCUGAACGCGUUACGACGUAAUAACCAAUUAUGCGACAUCCUCCUCAUAUCGUGUAAGCAGAAGUUCGUGGCGCACCGUGCCGUUCUCGCGGCGUGUAGCGACUAUUUCCGCGCCAUGCUGACAGGGAGUCUAAAGGAGAGUAAAGAGCGAGAGAUCGUGUUACACGGCAUGAAGGCGUCGGCGCUGGAAGCCUGCAUAGACUUCAUCUACAGCGGGCAGAUCGGACUCAGCCCACAGAACAUCGCUGACAUCAUCAACGUGGCUGCUUACUUACAGAUCCCCACAGUGCUGGAGCUCUGCUGCACGUACUAUAAGGACUCCAUCACCGUGGACAACUGUCUGGAGAUCACGCACGCCGCGCAGAGUUACGGAGUCACGGAACUGAAAGAGUUUGCAGACGACUUUAUUGUCGAGAACUUUCACGCGUUCGCCGAGACGGAGAAGUUCGAGAGUCUGACGCAGAGGGAGCUGAUUGGAUACUUGGAGAGGAAUUCGAUACGAGCGAGCGAGCUGGAGGUGUUCAGGUUUGCGCUGAAGUGGAUCGAUGCGGACCACGAUGCUCGAGUGGCGGACGCGUGCACGGUGAUGCAGUGUGUGCGGUUCCCGCUGAUGUCUGACAGGGAUAUCAUGGAGAAUGUGCAAGAGGUGGGUUUCAUGAUGAUGGACCCAAAGUGCCACGCCCUGCUGGUCGAGUCAUUUACCUACAAGGCUUUCCCGUACAAGCAGAACUCCCUACAGUCUCCACAGACACAGGUACGAGCCACGGAGGACGCGGUGAUCGUGAUUGGUGGAGAGACGGACCAGGCGAUCAGCCGGGAGCUCAUGUUCUGCGAUGGCAGCGUGGUGUCGAGUUCCGUACGCUGGAAGAACCUUCGCCCGAUGCCGAGCCCGCCGCGGAAGUACCACUGUGCGGCCGUCAUGGAUAACUACCUGUACGUGGUGGGGGGGACACUCCCCGGGACACACCUCUCCUCGGGUUUCCGCUACGACCCCCGGUUCGACACCUGGGUCCCGAUCGCGCCCAUGCAGGAGGCACGGUACUACUUCCAGCUCGUGGCCUGCCGAGGUCACCUGUACGCGAUCGCGGGAAAGCUCGGGCCCGACAUCCUCUCGUCUGUGGAGCAGUACAGCCCGGAGCUGAACCGGUGGGCGAAGGUGAAGCCUCUCGAGGUCGAAGUGUACGGCCACGCGGCCUGCGUCUGCGAAAACGAGAUCUACAUCUCCGGCGGGCGGGUCGAAGGUCAUUACCAUGACUACAUGGUGCGGUACGACCCGGAGCAGGGCUGCGAGCGGCUGAAACCGAUGCACGACGCGCGCUCGGGACACAACAUGUGCUCCGUGGGGGGUGACAUCUACGUGAUCGGCGGGUGUGCAGUUGCUACCAUGGAGCGGUACAGCCGAGAGGACGACUCCUGGCGGUUCCUCGCGCCGGUUCUAUCGCCGCAGACCGGCGCGGGGAUCGCGGUGUUCCGCGACAAGAUCUACAUCCUGGGCGGGAUCAACUGGAACACGUGGAAGUUCAGUAGCGAGAUCCAAGGGUACGACAUGGAGGGGAACACCUGGACGGUGGUCGGGCACCUCCCCGACAUCUAUGACGGGCUCUGCGCAGGUGUGCUCAUGCUUACGCAACACGUCAGAGACAAGAGUGUGGUGCGAUGA